AUGCCUACCUACAACGAUGGCAGAGGCGGAAUCAAGCUAUCCUUCGCUGAUGUCUUCAAAAGCUCCAGAACAAUCCGUGAGGAGAUAGCUGCUGUUUCCUACAAGAGAGCCGUAAUAGCAGCCAGAGCCAAGAAAGCAGCAGCAGACCUAGCCUCCCGCAACGCAAACAUAACAGCAUAUCCCCCCUCGCUGCCACCUGGCUUCCCACCACUGGUCUACGUGCCUGUUCGACCCAACCCAGCAAUUACCACUGACGGGAGUCAACAAACCCUGCAAUGCCCUCCACAAUGUGUAAUCCAGCACCAGCCCCAGCCACCGAACGUCGGGAAACCCCAAUCAAACCAGGCUGGCAGUAAUGGCUCUUCACCCACUUGUACCGUUACUGUUCCCGCCCCUGCUCCAGCACCUGCUCUCCCGCAGCAAGACUGGACAACGGACGACGACGACAUGCUGCGACAACUGAAGGCGCAAGACAUGACGUGGAAAAGCAUAUCGGUGUCUAUGGGUAGACCGGUCUCUGCGCUGAAGAAUCGGUGGGGAAUUAUUCGGCCGGCUGUGGAGUAUAUGAUUCAAAGACCGCAUACGAUGGGCCAGGGACAGGGACAGGGACAGGGACAGGAUGAGAUAGGUUUCUCACGAGCGCCACAGCCUGGAAUGACGCAUCGGAGACAUGAGAGGCGUGUUUCGUUUUCCGAGCCGCUUGUUGUUAAUGGGAAGAACGAAAACUACACCUUCACACGAACUCCCAAGAAGAAAAUCCUCUACAUCGAUGAGAAUUUCAGCUUUGAGGAGAUCCUGCUCCUGAACAAGCUUGCUAUGCAGUGUGACGAGGAGAAGUGGCUGCGGAUUAGUUCGCGGUUCUUCGACAAGACGGGUAAGCGACUUACGCCGCAGGAGGCAAAGGAAUAUGUUCAAAAUGGGUAG